AUGGCCGCAUCCAGCGACCUUAUCGACUUCAACGCCAUCGAAACCCAGAAAGAAAACAUCCAAGCCCUCCCCAGCGGUCGCUCCGCGAAAGCCCUCGCCCAACUCUACUCCCCCCUUUCUCCCUUUGCGCACCCCUCCCCUCCCGACGCGCACCACGCCGCCCGCCAGUCCUUCGAGCGCGAACUCCACCUCCUCGCCGACUCCGACGACCCCCUCGACAUCUUCGACCGCUACGUGAAAUGGACUCUCGACGCCUACCCCUCCGCGCAAGCGACGCCCGCCUCCCAGCUUCUCCCCCUCCUCGAACGCGCCACCAAAUCCUUCCUCGCCGCCCCGCACUACCGCAACGACCCGCGCUACCUUAAGCUCUGGCUCCUGCACAUCCGCUUCUUCGCCGACGCGCCCCGCGAAACAUACCGCUUCCUCGCGCGCAACGGCGUCGCCGACGCGCUCGCGCUGUUCUACGAGGAGUACGCCGCGUGGCUGGAGGGCGCGGGCCGCUGGGCGCAGGCGGAGGAGAUCUAUCUGAUGGGGCUAGAGAAGGAGGCAAGGCCGGCCGAGCGGCUGCUGAGAAAGUUCGCGGAGUUUCAGCAUCGGAGGGAUGAGAGAGCGCGGGAGGGCGGCGCGGAUGAUGGACCGGGGAGCCCGGCGUUGCCGACGGUAAGGCCGGCGUUGGCGGCGAAGGUGGAUCCGUUUGCGGGGGCGGUGGAAGAGGGGGAUCCGCAGGCGAGGACGAGGGGGGAGGGCGCGGUGAGGACAACGGGGAGGAAUAAGUUGGCGAUCUUUUCGGAUACGGAGGGGGGUUCGCAGGAGGCGCUGGGGGCGGGGGGCGGUGCGAAGUGGGAGAGUAUUGGGUCGUAUGAGGAGCGGAAGAAGGAGAAUACGCGGGAGGCGAAGCCAUGGGUGGGAGAAACGUUGAAGGGUGGUGGGAAGCGAAACGUUGGGGCACCGAAGAUGAUGAUCUUUAAGGACGGGGUACCACCAUCGCAAGAGCGACAUGAAUCCAAUCCGUGGCAUGAGCAGCAGGAGACCAUCAACCCCAAGACCGGGCGAAGGGAAUGCGUGUUCGUGAACCUCGAGGCCGUGUACCCGUCCCAGGACGACAUGAGCAGCGAAUUUUGCUUCGAAGAGCUGAGAGCAAAGCACCGUGGGUGGCUUGACAUGGACUGGAGCUGCCAGCCGAGUGUGAGAGAGCACGAGUCACAUCCGGAUGAGUUGAAGGAGGAUAUGGCGGAACGAGUCGUGUCUGAACUCGCCGAGGACUUGCAAGAGGUGUUGGAUGUGAACGAUGAGAAUGCUCCACCGUCACCACGGGAGCUGGAAACGAUCAAGAGAGCGAAGAAAGCACGCAGGGAGGAGAAGGCCAACCGUACAAGAAAGAUCAAAGUUUUGGAGGUGCAUGCUGCUACUCAAAUCGUCCAAGCGAACCUAUCGUCUCCGAGUGGCCCAAAAAUCAAGCGGAAGAAGACCGCAGAACCGACUAUGACAAUCAACACCAAGGAAGCUAUGGAUGAAAUCUACGACAUCUUCAAUCAGCCCCUCAAGGGAUUCGAACCCGCCGAAGAGCAGCAAGAGGAGGAAGAAGAGAGUGAAGACGAUGAGGACGAUUACACCAGUGCAGGGGAAAGCACCGGCACUGGAAGGAUCUCUGCCACCACCAGCGACUACGGAGAUGAAACGACUGCCGCAGACUUCACCGAAGCAGGAAGUGUAGGGGGGAACGAUACGGCCAACGAUACUGGUAUUUCUGGUUUCACUGAUUUUAGCGAGGCUAAGAGAGCGGACGUCGAUGAAGAGGACGACACCGAGUCACAGGAACUGGAUGCUCAUACGCCAGUGGACGAAGAAUUCCAGGACGAUGUUCGCUCAGACGGACUGGAUGAAGCGCAAUUCGACUCGCCAGCAGACGAUGAGGAGGAGUAUGACGACAGGCAAAGCGCCGCGCCAUACUCAUACCCGGAACGAUCCCGAGGAGCCGGAAGGCGUCUGCCGUUCAUGACCCCGAUUGUCGAGAAAACGGAAUCGUCUCUUGGUGCCGUCACCGCCCUCGCUGAGAAGAACUACAUCCACGCUAAGACACCCUCUCGAAGGCAAGGGGAUGCGACGCCUGCGAUUGCCGAGUCCGAUGAUGACGACCCUUGGAGCAGCCCGUUCCAUAACAUGACUGGAGACGGGCUGGAGGACCUGAAGAAGGCCAUGCGGACAGGUAACGACGCGCCCAAAAUCAGCCAGCCACAGCUCGUCCCAUCGAAGCCUGCGCCCAUUACCAAUUUCGAGAAGGCGAAGGAGAAAGCUGCCAAAGGGCCGAUCAUCCACGACGCACAAUGCAAUCCUUGCGACGUCGCGAUCAGAAACACGAUCUUGGAAAAUGCUCAGCCUCUAUUGGCGGCUCAUGAUGGCUACUACAAUCAUCAGGACAAGACGAAAGGUAUGGGUUUCGAAAUCCAGAAGUUCAUCAAAGCUUCCGUAAAAUCUCGCAAGUCUGGACAUGACAAGACGGCCCCGAAUCUGCUCCUCCCACCAACCAUCAACCUCGAAGGCAGUGAUCGAACAUAUACAGUCAAACGUGAACUCGGCAAGGGGGCCUAUGCCCCUGUCUAUCUCGUCCAGAGCACCGAGCGAACUCAAGAUGAAGACGAGGAGCCAAAGGUCCAGAUGGGCAAAGGCGAAUUCGGCAUCAAGCGACAAGAGCUCGAAGCCAUCAAGAUGGAGGAUCCGCCCAACGCAUGGGAGUUCUAUCUCGUACGGCAAGCGAAGCGGAGACUAGGCGUUUCGCGCGCCGCGGAGUCGAUCAUUAAUAUUUACGAGAUGCACCUGUACAUGGACGAAGGCUACCUCAUCGAGGAAUAUCGCGACCAAGGCACGCUGCUGGACCCGAUCAAUCUCGCGCGCAUGGACGUCGCCGGCGGCGGGUUGCUGGACGAGCAGGUAGCCAUGUUCUUCACGGUCGAGCUGCUGCGGACGGUCGAAGCGCUGCACGCGAAAGGCAUCAUCCACGGCGACCUCAAGGCCGACAACGUGCUCGUGCGGUUCGAGCACGGCGUGCGCUCAUCGGCGUGGUCGUCCGCGUACGCGCGCGACGGGUCGAACGGCUGGGCGGACCGGGGCGUCGCGCUGAUCGACUUCGGGCGCGGCAUCGACAUGAAGGCGUUCGUGCCGUCGGUGCAGUUCUUCGCGGACUGGAAGCCGUCGGAGGUGGACUGCGCGGAGAUCCGCGAGAUGCGGCCGUGGACGUACCAGGUCGACUAUCACGGGCUGGCAGGGGUUAUCCACACGCUGCUAUUUGGGAAGUACAUCGAGACGACGGCGGAGCGGGCGGCGACGCUCGGGGCUGGAGCGACGAAGACGUAUAAGAUCCGGGAACCGUUGAAGCGGUAUUGGCAGACGGAGCUGUGGUCGGAGCUGCUGAACGUGCUAUUGAAUCCGUUGAUGCAUCUGGACGGCGAGGAGGGGAGCAAGAUGCCGAUGUUGAAGGGCAUGAAGGCAUGUCGGGAACGGAUGGAGGCGUAUCUGGAGAGCAAUUCCGAGAAGGGUCUGGGGUUGAAGAACCUGCUUAAGCGGCUGGAGGUGAACUUGAAGGAGAAGAGAUGA